AUGGCCUUCAGGGUAAUUUCGUCUUUCCAGAUUUUAAGAGUAGAUGCCUGGAUGGUUCUAGACGAUCAGAAGAAAUAUUGGGGUUUCGAGCCAGUGGAAAUUUCGCGUUCGUGUUCUCCUCUCUCGGCUUCGUCGGCCGCUGUGGCUCGUCGCGUGAGAAACAUCAUCAACAGAAUUGGUGAGCCAAAGAUGCUUUCUUUCACCUACACUUAUGGUCAUAAGCUUGGUACGAGUGUCAAUUGUGAUGUUCUCUGCAAAUGCUCUCGAUGUUAUUUUGGAUGGGGCUUGAAGUUUAGUAACGCUUGGACUGGAUAAUGUAUUUGUAUAUUGAGGACCAAUGUUCUUAUUUUGUGUCAAUAAAUUGUGUUGUACUUGGUCUGUGCAUAAUUUACUCUGAACUCUAAACUACAAUUGCCCAGACUUACUUGGAAACUUUCAAUAAGUAAAUCUUUUGCUCU